GAAGCCGCUGUCUUCAGCAAAAUGGCCGACAGGUUCUCUCGGUUCAACGAAGAGCGUGAUUUCCAGGGCGGGAAUCACUUUGACCAAUACGAAGAUGGUCAAGUGGAUGUGGAGCAGGCGUCCUUGGACAAGCCCAUUGAAUCGCGAAUUGGCCCCCCUAUUAGCUAAGCAGCAAUGACCCGCCCAGUAUUUUAAAGCCAGGACAACAUCGGGCACCGGCUGCUUCAGAAACAUGGCUGGAAGUUGGGGCAAGGCCUUGGCAAAACCAUGCAGGCCAUUUGAUCCUGCCCAUGUUGUGCUGAUGGUAAACUUAGUGGUAAAUGUUAUUUUAUCCCCCAAUUAAUUUUUUUUUUUUUUGGUUUGUUUUCUCCCAUUUUUUUUGUUUUGUUUCUCCUGUCAUCACAGCACCAAUGCUACAUAGACUUUUCAAUUCUCUUUGUAUUAGUCUUCAUUCUGCUGCUUGUGUAUAUAUUAUCAUGCAUUAUCUAUUACUCUUAGAACAUUGUCAUUUUGUUUGUUUUCAGUUUUGUUUUUUUUACCUUGUGAUUCACACCUUGUGAUUUAGAUGCACAUUGUUGUUGUCUGGUCCCUUUCUUUCCCCCUACUGGGAUGGGUAAUGUGGAAGUAUUGUCACUGUGUGUGUGAAGAUUUGGUGAUAGGUUUUGGGAUGCAAUUUGUUCAUGAAUCUUUUAAUUCCGGGCCUGGCUUGUGACUCCCUCAAGACUCGCCACUGCAGUGGGCUGACUUAUACCCCCCAAACAAAGUAUACACAUUUAACUCUCAGUAAUGUUUUGAUCCAAAUAUCAGACAAUUACAAACGCUCCUUUUCCAUUGCACAGUACCAACUUGUUUUUUCGACACAAUAAUGUGUGUGACCUCUGGGUUCAUGCUUUUUGAUGCUAUUGAAAGUCUGCAAAACAUUUUCUUCUUUCUUGAGGGGGCGUAAGUGAAAAUUUAGAAGCACAAGGACACGUAUUACGUAUGUUUACCUUUUGAAAUGAACUUCACUAAAAUAGAAGCAAAGGCCAACCUUGUGUGCUUAUUGGAGGACAUGUGGAUGUUAACUGGCUGUCCAGCUGAAAGACUGCUUGCAUCAGAGAUUUUAUAAGCAAGACGGUAUAAUCCAAUACUUGUUUUUUUUUGCAGAUAUCCGACCGAUAUUAAUCUCGGAUCAGAUCGGGAUAUCCCUAAUAAUAAUGUACAUACAUUUUACACUUGUCACACCGAAUACUACAGUAUAAUUACACCAAAAUAAACUCCCCUUAAUGCAGAAUCAGUGGGACUCAUUUCCUUGUUCCCAUGCAAUUCAUUUUGCUAGCUUACUAUAACUGCGUGUAAUGAAUGCAAGAGGCUCAAUCAAGCGCGACAACGUGACGAAUGGGUGUAAUUGGAGAUUCUUUCAACAUAAGAUUCGCACCAGACAAAGAUAGAAAUGCAUGUAAAUUUCUACGAACUGUCUGCUGCCUGGGGACCAGUGUCCUGAUAAAAUAGCCACAAAACAAAGAUUAUGAACUUGUGAAUGUUUGAGUCUUUUUUUAUUUAAUAGGAAAUACACAUAUGGUCCCUUUCCUUUACCCUCCCUACACCCAAUCACUCAUCAGGCAGGAUACAUUCACUUCCUCACAGACAAUAAGGAAUUAUAUUUCCUCUACGAUGGUGUUAAUUAGGGCUGCAACUAACAACUAAUUUGAUAAUCGAUUGAUCUGUCUAUUAUUACUUUGAUUAAUCGAUUAAUAAUCGGAUAAAAUAGACAAACUACAUUUCUAUCCUUUCCAGUAUUUUAUUGGAAAAAAAAACCAGCAUACUGGCACAAUACUUAUUUUGAUUAUUGUUUCUCAGCUGUUUGUAAAUGUUGCCGUUUAUAAAUAAAGAUUAAUUAAAAAAAAAAAAAAAAAAAAAAAGGUAGCCUCUGCGCAUGCGCAUAGCAUAGAUCCUACAAAUCGAUGACUAAAUUAAUCGGCAAUUAUUUUUAUAAUCGAUUUUAAUCGAUUAGUUGUUGCAGCCCUAGUGUUAAUGUUUUGUGCUCAUUAUACUCCCUAAUUUACAGUAUGCUGCAGGGAUGCUCAUUCUCCCCGCUGAUAAAAAAUGGUCUGAUACUGUGCAGUGGUGAAGGCGGCAAAAUGGAAAAAAUAGAAAGCGGUCUAGGAAAGCCGAAAGACACUGCAGUGGAACUGAGACUCCAGGCAGGCCAUGACGACGUUACAAUGCCCAUGCAUUUGUGAUCUCAGAACUUAAUGUCAUUGGGCUGUGAUGACUCAAUUACUAAAAAGGAAGGAAAGAGAGGAAAUAAUGCUCUUAGCUUCCUGCGGGAAGAUAAGAAUGCCCUGUCGAGAUUGAUGCAUUCAUAACGCCCCCACCUCCAAAAGUGUUUAAAUUCAACUUGUGGUGAUGUCAUAUGCCCAAUGGUGUACAUGUCAAUGUGAUUCACUGCAAGCACAGAUGUGUGUGAGGAGGGGGAAAAAAAGCUGAAACCAAACUGAAAUGAUAAUCGGUAAUAUUUGGUUGUUGUAUCUGGCUGGUAAGAGGAGCAACAUAGACUGGUCCAAAUUAUUUUUAUUUUCCUGAGAAUUCUUGUCUAUCUCUGUCCUACCCCGAUCCCCAUGUUUUAGCAGGUAAGUAUCGCCAUCCCUUGCACUGUCACCACGGCGAUACCUUGGCCUGUGACGUCACUCUGCUGUAGUUCAUUGCUUGUGUCUUGUUUUUAAUUUGAUUUUUUUACUACAGUAUGUCUUUCUCUCUGCUUUGUUUGGCUGAUUAUGAGUGGAUUAAGCCGUUAUGUCUCAAUCUUCCAAAGUAGUGUUGAUUUUUGUAUAUUUUUCUUUCUUUUCUUUUUUUUUGGUCGUCUUUGUUUGUUUCUCUACCGUUACUUUCCUUCUCAUCUAGCUCUUUUCACAGCUUAUGUCAAAUAGCGUUGGGGAAAGAAGCACAUUUGUAAAACUCUUGUCAAAACACUGGGAGGUUUUGUUGUCCUCCUGGAUGAUGAUGAUGAUGAUGAUUGUGACGAUGCAGCUGUGCCAGCCUGUUUCACUUGAAUUGACUGCAUUUUAAUACAAGAAGCAAUACAAACUUGCUGUCUUGUCAGUAAGCUGUGAGAAUGGCUGGUGUUUGGUUCACUGUAGCUUUCUGGUCUCUCUGCACUUAAAAAGGCAAACUUCUCUAACCCCAGCACCCUAUGCUCUCUAAAAGCAGGCUAUCUCCGAGCUGGCUUUCCAUCACACGUACCAAAACAACUCAACCUGUCGUCUCUCUGUCUCUCUUUCCCUCAGGACGCACGGACCCCGUGCCUAUCAUUCUUAAAUAUGAUGUCAUGGGGAUGGGACGAAUGGAGAUGGAGAUGGACUAUGCAGAGGAUGCCACAGAGAAAAGAAGAGUCCUUGAAGUGGAGAAGGAAGAGACAGAAGAACUACGGCAAAAGUACAAGGAUCAGAUGGAGAAGGAGAAAGCCAUCGCAAAAGCUUUGGAAGACCUGAGGGCGAACUUCUACUGCGAGCUGUGUGACAAGCAGUACACCAAACACCAGGAAUUUGACAACCACAUCAACUCCUACGACCACGCCCACAAGCAGAGGCUAAAGGAGCUGAAGCAGCGAGAGUUUGCACGGAAUAUGUCACGUUCUCGAAAAGGUGGGAAGAAGAAGAAAAUGCUGCGCCGUAUGCAAGAGCUGGCUGAGCAGAGAAAACAGCAGGACCAAACUCCGGGAAGUGGUCCCAUGUUUAAAACCACCACGGUGGUUGUGGACGGCAAGAAGGCAGAAGACGAAGACAUCUUUGCCCCCGAGAGCACCGCUCCCUUGCGAGCGAUCGCCACAGAGAUCCCUGUUCCAGACAAAACUCGCCAUGCCUCCCCUAAGCCAACCCCGACGUUUCGCUUCUCCCUGGGCAGGAACAAGUGCUCUUCCCCAGCAGCUAGCGCUUCCUCCAAAGUCAGUGUGUCGUUCUCUUUCGCCAAGAAAACUCCCGUCAAGUUGGAGACGGCGGCGGCGGCGUUCGCCGACCAUGGUGAAGAGGCUGUGGAGGGAGAGGAGGAAGGCCAGGAGGGAGAAAGGCCCGCAGCACAAGAUGAAGCAUCCGCCUGCGAUGCAGACAGCCCUAAAGGAGGAUCGCGUGGAAGUGAUGGAGGGGAGUCCAAUAGUGCAGCCAUGACGGAGGAGGUGCCACCACCACCACCACCACCACCACCGCAGCAGCAACAGCAACAACAGAACGACGGAAGCUCCUUGGCCUCCACUCUGAACAAACUAAAAAUGAUGAUGAAGAAGGAGGAGGGAUACAAGGGACAAGAGCCUCAGUACUACCACUACAUGCCUCCAUCCCACUGUCGAGUGAAGCCCCAUUUCCAGUUCCUGCUCUUCAUGAAGGCAAUAGAUCAGACUCAAAGCAAAGAGGAUGAAGAGGAGGACGAGGUGCAGGGGGAGAAGGUGCAGGAGGAAAAGGUUCAGGGGGAGAAGCUUCAGGAGGAGAAGGUUCAGGAGGAGAAGCUUCAGGAGGAGAAGGUUCAGAAGGAGAAGGUUCCAAAGGAGAAGGUUCCGAAGGAGAAGGUUCCAAAGGAGAAGCUUCAGGAGGAGAAGGUUCAGAAGGAGAAGGUUCAGAAGGAGAAGGUUCAGAAGGAGAAGGUUCCAAAGGAGAAGGUUCCGAAGGAGAAGGUUCCGAAGGAGAAGGUUCCGAAGGAGAAGCUUCAGGAGGAGAAGCUUCAGGAGGAGAAGCUUCAGGAGGAGAAGCUUCAGGACAGCUCUCAGCAGACUGAGUCCAACGUCCCCGAGUGUAAUAAUGACAAAGAUGAUGGAACCUCCACCUCAACCCCUGAUCCACCGCAGCAGACUUCACCGCCCCCUAAAGUGAAGGAAGAGGACAAUGCUUUAUGCUCAGUGGAAACGACUCCUGAAGUUCUUGCUCCACCUACAGAGAAAGCAGAAACUCCACAACAGCCUUCGGACUCUAACUCUGGUCCUAAAAUCCCUACAGGUCCCUUUUUCCCUGUGUUGAGCAAAAACGAGAGCACCACCCUGCAGUGGCCCUCCGAGCUCUUGGAGUUCACCAAAUCACAACCCUCGUUGUCUUACAGCUGCAACCCGCUCUACUUUGACUUCAAGCUGUCUCGCAACAAAGGCCCGCGUGCUAGAAAAGCGGCAAAGUCUCCAAAGAUUUGUGAGCAGCCCGACAAGAACAAGGAGAAGGAGAAGGAGAAGGAAAAGGUGGAGCCCGCUAAAGCGGAGCCAGCCGCUAAAGCUGAGCUCAGCGUCAACAACGACGAGGCUGGGUUGAAGGCUGCGGUGAAGGCCGAGUGUGGCCCCUCUGAAGGCAAUGAUCAAAAGGCGGUGACCAACAGCGGCGGCGCCAAGAAGAAGAAGAAAAAGAAGAAGCACAAGAAGUCCACAAAGCAUUCAAAGCGCAAAGCAAAAGACAAAGAGGCAGCAGAAGACGGUGAGGGUGAAAAGGAGCCCACUCAAGAGACGCCCAAGAAGAAGAAAAAGCACAAAAAAAAGAAGAGCAAAAACAAGGCUGCCGAUCAGGAAGAGAAGGCAUGUGAUGAGAAGGAGAAAACCAAAGCAAAGUGCGAAAAGUUGGAUGUUUCCUCCACGAAGGCGGCAGAAGGAGUGGUUGGCGGUGCGAACAAGAGGAAGCGCAGUGUGAAGGAUCAGACCAGCAAGUCAGAAGUGGAGGAGGGCAGUAAGGGAAAAGGUCAAGAAAAAGCGCCUUCCUCUGAGGAGCACGGCCCCAAAAAGCGUCAAAAAACUGAGUCCAGCGCUCCUCAGAGCACCUCCUGUUCCACCUCAGCCCAGAAGAGUCCUGGUCCAGCCAGACCUCCCAGCAGCGAAAGCGAGGAGGAAGGGGCCUCCACCACCCAGCGCUCGCGCCACCACAAGUCGAGUCCUCGGGAGGAGCGUCGCCACCGCAGUGAGGAAUCGCAGCGCUCUGGCAGCCGCUCGUCAAGACACGGCAGCAGCCGUCGCCGGCACCAUCGCGGUAAAACCUCCCAGAGUCGCUCUUACUCCAGCAGUUCCGAGCGUUCCUCGGCCGGCAGCAGUGCCUACAGUCACAGAAGUCGCAGCUACUCGGACAGCUACAGCGACGACAGCGCCGAAGGGCGCAGGCGAAGGCGCUCUAAGCGCUCUUCGGACUCGGAGUACGAGAGGCGAGGCAGUCGAGGCCACAGGCGGUCGAGGCGGCGUCAGUACUCUUCCUCCUCCUCCGACGAUUCACGGUCACGCUCGCGCAGCUACAGCCGCAGGAAGAGGCACCGGCGGCACCACCGCAGUACUUCCAGGAGCUCCAGCAGCUGGAGCCGCAGCACCAGCGCCCGAUCUUGGCGCCGUAGCUACAGCCGUAGCCGCAGCUCGGCCAGCCGCUCGUCCAGCUCCACCAAAGCCUCCCCGCAUCGGCGCGAUAACCGAGGCCGAGGGGUCAGCGAGGCCAACCGCAGAGACUUUAACCGCUCCAACAUUUAUCGAUCUCAGUCUCCUCGCUCCAGCUCGCGCAGCCUUAAUCGCAGUGCCACGGGCUCGCUGACGCAGAGGCUGGGCGGGUCUCGGGAUGCUGGCGAGCACAAAAACUCUCUCACGGCGCGACAGCUCCUGGAGAAGAUUCAGGCAAAAAAGAAUUCCAGCAAUCCUGUCACAGGAACCAAAUCUGGUUUGAAGAUUAAGGAUCCUCCACAGGGAUACUUUGGUCCCAAACUUCCCCCGAUAGGAAACAAAAGCAUCCUACCACUUUUUGGCAAACUUCAAGCCGGGAAGAAAACGCCUUUCAUCCCCCUGACCAGGCCUGACGAGGGCGACAAAUCAAGAGCGGGGAAGAGCUCGGACGCAGAUAGAGAAGUUAUCCUGGUGGAGCCCAUUCGAGAGUUCCCGCCCCCGCCUCCGCCUCCAGCUCCACCAGUGCAAAAAGUGGAGGAGACGGUGGUCCAAGAGAUGACCACAGAAGGUCAGGUGGUCCAAGAACCCCACUUGCUGUUAGAGCAGGAGUCCACUAUCUUGAUGCCUCAGUAUCAGGGGGACUCAGAACAGGACCCCUCGCAGAACCCCAUGAUGGAGCCCCUCAUGCCGGACCAGCAGCCCCCCAUGCACGGCUAUCCUGUCUACCCCCCGCAGAGUCUGGAGGAGGACUGCAUGGAGGCGGAGGAGGACGGCUUGGCUCCUCUGGAGAGUCAGCCCAUCACCUUCACGCCAGAGGAGAUGGAGAAGUACAGCAAGCUGCAGCAAGCGGCGCAGCAGCACAUCCAGCAGCAGCUGCUGGCCAAGCAGGUCAAGAACUUCCCCUCAGCUGCCGUGGCCGCCGCCGCCGCCAACCUGAGCCAGGCCCAGGCGCCGCCCGCCCUGCAGCAGAUCCACAUCCACCAGCCUGCCGUGACAAUGGGGUCCGGCACGUCCCUCGCCUCUGUACAGCAUGCCCUCCUGCAGCACCACGCCGCCGCCAUGGGCAUCCACCCGGCGCACCACCCGCACUCGGCCCACACGCAGCUGGCCCAAGUGCACCACAUCCCUCAGCACCACCUCACUCCCAUCUCCUUGUCUCACUUAGGCCACACCCUCGGACACUCGCUAGGACACUCUUUGGGACACGCCGGGCUUAUCCCCGCCCAUCCGACCGCGUUCCUAUCCGGUCAGCCCAUUCACAUCAUCCCGGCCUCUGCGCUCCACCACACCCCGCUGGCUCUGCACCACGUCCCCCACGCAGCCCUUUACCCCACCCUCUUCACGCAGAGGCCCUCGCAGGCUGCGGCCGCAGCGGCGGCUCUCCAGCUCCACCCCCUCCUCCACCCAAUCUUCUCAGGGCAGGACCUCCAGCACCCGCCUAACCACGGCUCCUGAGCACAUCUGAAGGUGUUUAACCCCAAUUGGACACUUUUUAUUCCUCUCAUUUGAGGGGACUCUUGAGACACUGGCUUUUUUUCCACGGGGUAAGUGACCCAGAUUUUUUUUUUUUAAAUCUUUUUUUGACCACUGGACUUUUUUUGUUCUUCAUUUCCACAUUUUAUUUCAUAGUUUGCUCAUUGAUGCAGUCAGUGACAAACACAAAUAUUACAGAAGGAUUAAAAACACUAUUUUAUACUACAUAUUACCAACACAAUACUUAAUUACUCUAAUAUGACUACUUGCUCUAUAUCAUAUCCUCACUUAUUUCUAAUGCAGUAACGUGUACAAAUAUCCAUGUGCGGGUUAUCAAGGCAUUCAUUCACAUACGCCCUCACAUUUGUAUUCUCUUUUGCAAAGUUGCAAAUAUUUUUUGUUGUUUUGAGUUUGCUCACGUUCCCACGCGAGGGCAAAACCGAAUGAAUUGCACUGAACCCUUGCUCAAAGAUGAUGCGUUUUGCGUCGUUUAAGAUUGUAGUAUACUGCAAUAAUUGUAUUUUUCCGUUUUUAAAUUAUUUUCCAAGAAGGUUUGUUGUUUUGUUUUUUUUGUUUGCUUUUGUGUAAUUUUUUUGUAAAUAAUAAAAAUGCUGUAGAUGAACCUUAA